UGGCCCGUACUGGUCCAUACUGGUCCGUUCUGGUCCGUACCGGUUUAUACUGCUUUAUACUGUCCAUACUGGUCCGUUCUGGUCCGUACCGGUUUAUACUGGUUUAUACUGGUCCGUACUGGUCCGUACCGGUUUAUACUGCUUUAUACUGGUCCAUACUGGUCUGUACUGGCCCGAACUGGUCCGUAGUGGCCCGUACUGGUCCAUACUGGUCCGUUCUGGUCCAUACCGGUUUACACUGGUCCAUACUGGUCCGUUCUGGUCCGUACAGGUGCUGUCCCGCUGCCUGGCCCUGCUCUCCCAGCUCUGCUCCCUGCGGCAGCUCCAGGCUCACCUGGACGAGGGGCGUGGCCGCUACCUGCAGGCCAAGGGCGGGGCCACGCUGCUCAAGAGCCGGCUGGAGGAGCUGCGGGUGCUGCUGGACACUUACCCCGCCCCCACCGUGGAGGCGCACCGGCGCAUCAGGUGGCAGCGCGCUCUGAUUGGUUUAGAGCUGGCUGUGGGCGUGGCUAACAUCGCACAGUUGAUUGACAGCUGGCACGCUCCACGUGGAGCGGGUUGAAUC